GUCUCCAAGUUUUUAGCUGUAAAAAUAAGAUGUUUCUUGGUUAGUUUCAUUAAAUUUUAUGCUUAAAGCUUCAUAUUCUUACCUAAUAAAAGAUAUCUGUAUGCUCUUGAGUACACAGCAAGUUUGAGGGACAUUUUGUACCCAAAAGGAAGUUUGGGUUUUGGCCACCUUGGACAUAGUUACAUCAUGUUUUCCUACUAGUUAGUCAGAUAUAAGUUGGAGGGAUAAAAGUGUAGAGUUUACUGUUUCUCUAGAAACUCCUAGAUUGAAGCCUCUGUUUGGAUAUCAUGCGAAGGUACUUGGUUUGAGUUUUCAAAUGAGGUUAUAACCUUUGAAGGCACUUUUUAUAGCCUGGGAAAUUAUUUCAGUUUUAAGGUCUUUAUUAUGUAGCUUAAUUUUGUUCAGAUAGGAGGGAAACAUUAUCAACUGUAGAAUUUGUGCUGAGGAAAUAGAAAUGGCAAUAAUAUCAAGUACCAUUUUCAGUGGUGGUUAGACCCAAAGAAAAGUUAAAAUGUUAGAAUUGCUGUAAUAUUUAAGAUCACAGUAACGUUAAUGAAAUCACUACAUUAUUACUGAGUGGUAACAAUCAUUGCAUGUUUUUCCAGUUACUUGAGAACCUUCUGUGUUUGGUUGCUGAAAUGUUGCCAUAGUCACCUUCUGUGCUGGGUAUGACAUAGUGGACUGGAAUCAGUGGCAGCCCAGGAUGCCCAGGCUUGGAGCUAGGCUAUUUGAGAAGUGUGCAGUGUGCGGAAGCCACAUUCAACAUGGACCAGAAGGCUCUGAGGAAUCUGGUGGAAUCCAUCAGUAAAACUAUCAAGAGCUUCAAAAAAGGUGAAGUGGAGUGUCUCAUAAUCCUUUUUCACAACUUGGCGGAAAGAGCUGAUAUGAGACUUGAUAACGUUGGACUAAAUCGGAACACAUUUCUAAUGGUUCUGCACAGCUUAUUUGGAAUAACCGAUGAUAAGCUAAUGAAUAGGGUAUUUUUUGCAUUUGACAAAGACAGUGAUAACUACAUAAAUGUACAUGAGUGGGUUAAAGGAUUAUCAGUGUUUCUUCUUCGAGGGACUUUUGAAGAAAAGCUGAAGUUCUGUUUUGAAGUUUAUUAUUUGAAUGGCAAUGAUGGUUACAUUUCUCGAGAGGAAAUAUUUGACAUGCUGGGGAACAGUCUACACCAGCCGUCAUCUGAGAAAGAGACUGAUGAAGCAGUAAAAGAGUUGGUAGAGAUAACACUGAGGAAAAUGGAUUAUGACACCGAUGGCAAGAUACCUUUUGCUGACUUUGAAAAAGCAGUGAAAGAAGAGAGACUUUUGUUGGAGGUGUUUGGACAGUGUUUACCAGAAGCAAAGGUACAGUGCUGACAGUCCCAAAGGUUGAGGGAACAUUUUAAAGGAUCUAAAAAUAACACUUGCUAGAUACUCACCUCUAUAGGGCUUCAGCUCACUGUGAAGUUUAGGCAGCCAUAGAAGGCUCAGCCCCCAUCCUAGCGCUUCAGGAACCAAGACAGUAAUGACUAUUUAAGUUAAUUAUAUUCAGACUUUUCUUUUCAGCUUAUAACUUCAGCUGUACACAAGUCCUGAUUUCCUGUCUGUUAAUAUUUUCCUUAAAAGGACAAGGGUUUAUUGGGCUUGCUUAAGGAGUAGAACCGUGAAUAAAGAGUAGAUUCAGCAACUGCUAGGAGAAAACUUGAUGUCUUUCAACCCAAAUGUCAAAUAAGAAUGAAGUAAGUUUUAAAAAAUUUGGACACGUAUGGAGCAUUUUGUGGUCAUAAAGGUUUUUUUCAUGUUUGGAUUUGACAAAAGUUUUCUGAGCUAGAAGAGCCAGCCUAAUAAUUUAUUUGACCAUUAACAUUUUCUUUAAUUCUGCCUUUCAGCAACUAUGCUUUGCAAACGUGAUACAUGACAGCACUUCUUUUUUGAAGAAACUUUUUUAUUCUGUGGUAAUUUAGAUGAUUUUAUGAACAAAUGUACAUGUUAAGCUAUCCUUAGCCAUCUCAGCUCAUCCACUCUUAAUUUGUCCCACUGUAGUUUAUUCCCAUAUUUUUUUAAAUCCUCACUUGAGGAUAUGUUUGAUUUUAGAAAGAGAAGAGGGGGGGAGUGAGAGUGAGAGACAUAAUCCAUUGCCCAGGGGUCAAACCUGAAACCUAGAUAUGUAUCCUGACUGGGAAUCAAACCUGCAACCUUUUUGGCCUAUGGGACAAUUCUUUAACUAACUGAGCCACCCAGCCAGGGCUAUUCCCACAUUUUUGUUGUCUGGAAAUGUGUGGUAAAACGCAAUGUGUAAAAGGCAGACUUCUCGUUUUAAGAGACUGAUGGGUGAAACAGCGCUCUAGUGCUAUGGAUCACCUAGGAACUUAUGAGAAAUGCAGAAUCUCAGACCCCACCCCAAACCAACUGAAUCAGAAUCUAUUUUUGGUGCCUGAUACAAGAAAGCUUUUCUUUCUCUCAUCAUGGUCAAAUACUAUAUUACGUGUGUUGGUGGGGUUGGGGAGGAAUACUGGCCUCUACACACAGAACAGAACAGAAAUCCAUUCAAGAACAAAGAAUCCACUUAGCAGCUCCUCCCUUUAGAACUGUCAGAGAAUUUAUUUUUUUUUAAAUAUAUCUAUUGAUUUCAGAGAGAGGGAGGAGAGGGAGAGAGAGAGAGAAA